CCCCGCCGAGAGACUUCCAGCGCCCAAAAAAUGAUUCCGCCGCGCGGAUUUUUGGUCCAUCACAGAGCGUUUGCAGUUCUUCUACUACAGUUCAUCGAUUCCCUCCUAAUUCCCCAAUCGAAAGCUUUCCCCCGAACUCACUGAUUUCUCUGAAACGCGGGUAGGGUGUCUCUUUCGUAUUGCUUAAUCACACUUCAACCCAAGUUUGUGCCGCUUCGCCAUACAUGCUCUCGUUCCUCCAUUGAUUACGGCAUCUGGGUUUCAAAGUUUAUUGCAUGAAUUUGCUUUGUUGUGAAGUUAUUGCAUGAAUUGACUCUUGUUUCAGUUCAUGUUGGUAUUAAUUUACUAGCUCGAAUUUGUUUCCGAGUAAGCAAUGGAAGUUAGGAUGUGGGUGGAUAGGGACUUUGUCUUGUUGAGCUGGAAAGUCGUGCUUGUUCGAAUUAGUUGAAGGGCUCUCAUUUUCUUCCCAGUUUCACUUCCAGUUGUUUGUAAGCAACUCUGCUGAGUCUUCCGAAUCUUUAAGCCAAUAGCCUGGGUGAACAUCUGAAAAGUUGCAGAUUUUGGGACGUUUGUGAUUCCAAAUAUGCAAUGUGAUCGGAUUUGAAUGAAUGCAGACAACCUGUGUUGUGGUCUUUCUUGUGAUUUUAAAUGAAGAAUGGGAAGUAAUUGCACUUGAUGUUGUUGUAGGUCCUUUUGCUGUUGAGGGAAAGGUCAUGUCAGGGAACCCGCUGUGAGGGAAACGGGAAGAAAUGCUUUCUGUUCGAAGAUUGAGGCGUAUCCAACUUUCUCCUGGAGUCUUAUUUUCGCUCUUCACAGAUGGUUGUCCUGAUGUCACUUGGACUUCCAGUCACCUACGUUCUUCGAUCAGAACUUCAUGUUUGAACAGCUCAAAUGGGUUGAUUCCCGUGUCUAGAUUCAGUUAUCCUUCCAUUCAUUCCCCUAGAUGUUUCUCAAGUAUGGGCGAUACAGUCUUGGUUCAGGCUCGAGACCCAGGUAAACUAAGCAUGGAGAUAGAAACUGCACUAGAUGAACAUAGGUUCAGUGAUUCAUGGAAACUGUUUGAACGGCAUAUGCAGAUGGAAGGGUUCCCUAGGAAGUCCCUCUUGAGCAAGCUCUUAACAAGCUUUGCAGAAACCCUCGAUGCCCCGUGGCUCGAGAAGGCAUAUUCCCUUGUGGAACAAGCUAUCGUGGAGAGUAAGCAGACAUUGAUGGAUAAGGAGCCAUUGAUUUAUCUCUCUCUCAGCCUUGCCAAGUGUGGGUUACCGGUUCCAGCAUCAACCAUCUUACGAAAGUUGAUCGAGAUGGAACAAUAUCCUCCUGCCAAUGCUUGGUCAGCCAUAUUAGCUCACAUGUCAUUACGAACACCUUCUGGAGCUUACCUUGCUGCUGAGCUGAUCCUCGAGAUAGGUUACUUGUUUCAAGAUGGAAGAGUGGAUCCCAGAAAAAAGAGCAAUGCACCUCUGAUUGCUAUGAAGCCUGAUACUACUUCUUUGAACAUUGCUCUUGCUGGAUGUUUAUUGGCUGGAACGACAAGGAAAGCCGAGCAACUCCUCGAAAUGAUGCCUCGACUUGGUGUUAGAGUCAAUGCGUGUUUGUUGAUCACGAUGGCUCAGAUAUACUCAAGGAAUGGAAGGAGAGAAGAGUUGAAGAAGCUUCAGAGGCAUGUAGAUGAAGCACCCGGUUUGACUAGUACCCAGUUUCGCCAAUUCUAUGAUUGCUUAUUGAGCUGUCACUUGAAAUUCGGGGAUCUCGAGGCUGCAUCUGAUAUGGUGUUGAAGAUGCUGCAGAAGGCAAAGAAAGCAAGAAACUUUAUUUCAAUGGCUGAACUUCCUUCGGCAGGGGAUGGUAAUAAGCUGCUGUCCAAAGGGAAGGUUUCUCAGGAAAGCUUACAUCAAAAGGAAUCCGAUCGAGAGGUUUCUCAGGAAAGGUUGAAUGACAGAGAAUACACAAACCGAGUUGUAUCUUACCAAGAUUUUUGUAGAGACAGGAACUUUUUGCAACUUCAUGCCGAGGCGAAGCAAGUGCUCGAAGCUUUGUUGGCGAAAUUGCAGGUGCAAGUGGAAUUGAUUUCAACUGAGCAUGGCAUUCUUCAGCCGACAGAGAAGAUUUAUGUAAAACUGGUCAAGGCCUUUCUGGAAGCUGGAAAGAUCAAGGAAUUGGCUGCAUUUCUUAUCAACUCCGAGAAAGAGGACUCCCCGGCAUCCAACGAUGAUUCGGCAUUAGUCCACGUCAUCAACUCAUGCAUCACUCUUGGCUGGCUAGACCAGGCACAUGAUCUCGUCGACGAGAUGCGUAUGGCUGGAGUUAGAGCUCCCUCUUCUAUAUACUCCUCCCUCCUGAAGGCAUACUGUACAGCAGAUCGAGCUCGUGAUGCUGGGGCUCUCCUUCGAGAAGCUCGUCGAGCUGGGAUCCAGCUUGAUUCAACUAGCUAUGAAGCACUGAUGGAGUCCCGAGUUCUCGAGAAGGACACCCAAGGAGCCCUCCACCUAUUCAAAGAGAUGAAAGAUGAGAAGCUAGCUAGAGGUGGUCAUCCGAAAUUUGAGAUGCUGGUCAAGGGUUGCGAAGAGAAUCGUGAGGCAGGGCUUAUGACCAAGCUCCUGAGAGAGAUCAGGGAAGGGCAAAGUAUGGACUCAGGAGUGCAUGACUGGAACAACGUGAUCCAUUUCUUCUCCAAGAAGAGGUUGAUGGGUGACGCCGAGAAGGCUCUGAAGAAGAUGAGGAGCCUGGGGCUCACACCAAAUGCAGCAACGUUUCAUUCGAUGGUGACUGGCUAUGCAGCUGUCGGAGGAAAGUAUAUUGAAGUGACUGAACUCUGGGGAGAGAUGAAGUCUAUUGCUUCGGCUACUACGUCGUUGAAAUUUGACCAGGAACUCCUCGACUCUGUGCUCUAUACAUUUGUGAGAGGCGGGUUCUUUGCCCGAGCUAAUGAGGUUGUGGAUGCGAUGGAGAAGGAGAAGAUGUUCAUAGACAAGUACAAGUACAGAGCACUCUUCUUGAAGUACCACAAGACACUGUACAAGGGAAAGGCUCCCAAGUUUCAGACAGAAUCCCAGGAGAAGAAGAGGGAGGCGGCAUUGGCUUUCAAGAAGUGGUUGGGUUUGGGUUGAAGCUUAGGUGACAAGGCAAUUCGAAAAUUUUGUACCAUAGAAAUGUUCACUCUUGGCGAACCAAUAUACGAGCAUUUUUUGG